AUGAAAGAGCUCAAUCAAGGGAGACAAAAUGAAACAAGGGUGAUGGAAUUUAUCCUUCUCGGCUUCCCUGGUCCUCAGUAUUUACAAAUGUGCAUCUUUAUAGUCUUGCUUAUCACAUAUAUCCUAACAGUGUUUGGAAAUCUGUCCAUCAUCAUCCUAGUGAUUACAAACUGUCAUCUCCACUCCCCCAUGUACUUCUUCCUUUGCAAUCUCUCCUUCCUGGAGAUAUGGUACACAGCAGCCAUCAUCCCCAAGACCCUUGCCAUCGUUCUGGGGAGAAGCAGGAGCAUCUCUUUCACUGGCUGCCUUCUGCAAUUGUAUUUUGUUUUUUCCUUUGGAAGCACAGAAUAUUUCCUACUAUCUGUCAUGGCUUUUGACCGAUAUUUGGCCAUAUGUCAACCACUGCACUACCAUACCAUCAUGGGCAUUAGCCUGUCUGGCAAGCUGGCUCUUGGCUCUUGGCUUUGUGGAUUCCUUUCUGUUGCUAUAGUUGCCUUCCUGAUCACAAAGCUGCACUUCUGUGGGCCGAAUGUGAUUAAUCACUUCUACUGCAAUAUUGAUUCCUGGAUAGUUCUCUCUUGCACUGACACCUACAGUGUCAAUAUGACAGUUUUUGUUUUCUCUGUCUUCAUCUUCUUAGGCUCAUGUGUGAUAAUCCUUCUUACUUACAUGUAUAUUAUCUCUGCCAUUCUGCAUAUUCCUUCCUCCAAAGGAAAGCAUAAGGCCUUUUCUACAUGCUCCUCUCAUCUGGUGGUGGUGGUGAUUUGGUAUGGCUCCACCAUCUUUCUUUAUCUCAAACCUUCAAGGAAGGUAUCUUUAGAAACGACCAAAAUAGUGAAUAUCCUAAACACUGUUUUGACCCCAUUGCUGAAUCCUUUUGUCUACACACUAAGAAACAAGGAAGUUAUCGAGGCUUUGAAAAAUGUAUUGCACUGUCUUAAAAAACAAACAUAUAUUAAGGCUGUUAAUUAUUCUUUUCCUUACUUCUUCUUCAUCCAAUUUCGCCCUGAAAGUCAACAAUCAAUUUUUGAUUUGAUCAUUAUAGCAGACAAUGAUCAAAUCACCAUCUCAGAAUUUAUUCUCCUGGGUUUUGGGAAUCUCCAUAGUCUGGCAGUAUCCUCAUCUCGAUAG